AUGAGGCUGGACCAGAGUGUGACAGCCACGCGACCCCCGCCGCCUACUUCAUCCGACAGGGCUCAGCGCAGCACUCAGGGACCCGAGGCCUGUCCCCCAGCAACGGCGGAUCACCGGUGCGAUCCCCAGCCGCCGAGCGGCGAACAGCGCUGGCGCCCCCCUCCCCCGCAGACACAGACACACACACAGGCACGUACCGUCCGCCCCGCCGGGACGUCGGGAGCCGAGGCCCGAGGAGGGGCCGCCGCCGCACCCGCCCCCCCGCCCCCGCUCGGCCUGUCACCGCGCCCCCCGGUCGGGGGAGGCCGCGGGGCCCGCGGGGGCCGGAGGGGCGCGCGAGGAGUCGGUCCUGGCCGGCGGUCCGGGCCGAUUCCUCUCACAUGGAGCCCGGGCCGGGCGGAGCGGCGGGCUCGGGGGCCCUCGCCAGCCGGCCGGGGCCUCUCGGUGCCCCUCGGUGCUUCUAGCCGCCGCGGCCCCGAGGCCAGCGGGGAGCCGCCGGAAAAGAGGAAGCCGCGGGCCGGGCGCCGCCAGAGGCCGGAGAAGGGGAGGGAGCGGCGGCCCUGCGGCCGGAGAUGCCGGGAGUCCCGAUCGUCGUCAGCCCCGCCGCCGCCGCCGCCGCGGGCCGCGCGACCCCGAACGCCACCGCCGGCCGGCAGUACCACCCUGCUGGGCGCCGCAGCUGAGGGCAGCCCGCCGCCACUACUCCCGGAGCCCUGA